UUCUACCUUGCGCUCUUCUUCCCCGGUUAUGCUUCUUCAAAUCGAUUAGGGCGUUCGUACCAAUCUACCGCUACAUUGUCGGGCCAUUAGCUUCGAGCAAUCGACGAAGCGCAAAUGAUGCUAGAUUUCUUUUAGAGGUUCGAAUCGUUCUGUUGCGCAAUCGUUGAGCGCCGUUACUUUCUUCUUGCCGUUUCGUAGGCGACAGAUAGAUCCCCCUUUUUCCGAUGUGCUGGUUGAAGUGUCGUUGCGGAUGAUGCAGAUCGAUCAUGGUUUGAAAUCCCCUUUGGCCGCCAUGGCCAACAGGAAGCACCAUCACAAGGCCCUCCUCCUCCUCCUCCUCCUCCUCCUCCCAGCGCUCGUCUUAUCUGUCGUCUUCCACGGCCGGAAGAUAUCCUACUUCCUCCGCCCUAUAUGGGACGCGCCCCCGCGGCCGUUCGCCCGCAUAACACACUACUAUGCGCGGGACCUGCCCAUGAACCACCUCUGCCACCUCCACGGCUGGAGCUCCCUCCCCUCCCCUCGCCGGGUGUUUGACGCAAUCCUCUUCAGCAAUGAGCUCGACCUGCUCGAGAUCCGCUACCGCGAGCUCGCCCCUUUGGUCGACAAAUUCGUGAUCAUGGAGGCCAACGUCACCUUCACCGGCAACGCCAAGCCGCUCUUCUUCGCCGACAACCUCAACCGGUUCGAGUUUGCGAGAUCCAAGAUCGUCCACGGGACGUUCCUGAGCCAGGCCGACCCGAUUCCGGGGACCGACCCGUUCCGGCUGGAGGCCAAACAGCGGGUGGCGCUCAACUCUCUGCUCCGCACCUCGGGGAUCGGCCCCGGGGACGUGGUCAUCAUGGCGGACGCCGACGAGAUUCCCAGCCCCGAGACGGUGGAGCUCCUACGGUGGUGCGACGGCGUGCCGCCGGUGAUGCACCUGGAGCUGAGGCACUACACGUACUCCUUCGAGUUCCCGGUGGACUACAGCAGCUGGCGUGCGACGGCGCAGUUGUUCCACCAAGGGACGCGGUACCGCCACUCGCGGCAGACGGACGUGAUGCUGGCCGACGCCGGGUGGCACUGCAGCUUCUGCUUCCGGGAGAUCGAGGAGUUCGUGUUCAAGAUGACGGCCUACAGCCACGCCGACCGCGUGCGCCGGCCGAGCUUUCUGGACCCGUCGAGGAUCCAGAGGAUCAUCUGCAAGGGCGACGACCUGUUCGACAUGUUGCCGGAAGAGUACACGUUCCAGGAGAUGAUCAAGAAGAUGGGACCGACACCCAAAUCGGCUUCAGCAGUGCAUCUGCCUUCGUACUUGCUGGAGAACGCUGAUAAGUUCAGGUUCCUUCUUCCUGGAGGAUGUUCCAGGUCAAAACAAUGACGAUCACGUCCAGUCCAUCAUUAACUCAACAACUUGCAUCCAUGUUUUAGUGCAGAUCGAAGAAUGCGAUGAUAAGAAAUUGUUUAUCUUCUCCCUGCUUUUCCCACUAGUUUUUUCUUUUUUUUUUUUUUAAUGGCGAGUCCCAGCCAAAGGUUUGAACAUUGGCUGCUGUUCCUUCUUUAUACCAGAUCUUCUGGGAACACUAUGAGCUUGCCGCUGACCUGUGAUAUGCGGAUAUGCAAUGAAAUACAUGA